AUGGAGAAUCCCCAUGAAGAACAACAGAAUGCACUGAUGGCUCGCAUUGUAACGAAUGUGGAAAAAUUGAAUGAAGCUAUUAUGGAAUUUAAUCGCUGCAUUCAAGAAAUUAAUAUGGCUAAUAUGAAUUUGGAGUUAAUUUCUCAAAUGUGGGCUAAUUAUGGACGCAAUGUACGAUUUCAUUUAGAGGGAACAAAUAAUCUUGAAAAGCCUCUUUAA